AUGUCGUCCGACAUCGAGUCCGACGACGGCGGCCUCACAUCACUGCUGCCACAGCUCCCCGAACUGGGGCGUAUGGCACACUGGUCCGUCUCGAGCCACAAGUAUGGCUUUGGCGUGGACAACUUGCGCGACGGCAACGAGAAUACCUUCUGGCAGUCAGAGGGCCCCCAACCGCACUGCAUCGAUCUGUCGUUCCCAAGACGCGUGUUCAUAUCGUCUAUCGGGCUGCUCACAAGUCACCCACGAGACGACAGCUACACGCCUAGCAAGAUCUCAAUUCGGGCCGGUACAAGUGUCCAUGACUUGCAAGAGGUCCGGUUUGAAGAGUUCAAGCAGCCAGACGGGUGGAUGGUCAUCCCCCUCCGCCCCGUCGACAGCGACACGCCCGAUAUCGCCGGCCCGCCCAUCCCCGCCCACCACCUGCGUAUUGUGAUUGUCGCCAACCACUUGAACGGCAAGGACACGCACGUGAGAGGGCUGAAAGUGUUUGGACCGCCAGAAGCGUCCGCGGCGACGGCAGGGGGCAGCGAUGCCGAGGACGACUUUCCCUCUGGCCCGGCACUCCUCGCGCUCGGAAACGACGGUACGUCCGGGUUCACGAGCACGACAUACAAGAUGCACGCUGGGAUCCGGUAG